AUGAGGCUACUGACGAUAUACAUCCUCGGGAAGCUCCCGUUGGACUUUCUUGUGCUCAUUCUUCGCUACCUUUUUUUUGGUGGCAUCAAGCAGCGCAAAUACAGAAGGUCGUUGGCAGGACUUCUUAAAUUGACGUUAUACAAGUCCGCUUUGCUGGUGCCAAUUGAAGACAGCAGAUGGCUUUCUCCAUACACAAACGCGUUUCUCCUUCGCAAAGUUAUGCCCACGGUGGCACCAGCAAUUACUAAGGGAUUGCCAGGGUACAGUGAGCAGUAUGACUCCAACUCGUACUGGCUAGUGAAACAGCCUGAUAGGAAGCCCACAGAUCCUUUGAUCCUUUUCCUCCACGGAGGCGGCUUCUUCCUCCAAACAAUGCCUCAGCAGCUUCGCUCAGUGUUCUCUAUGUAUCAUUUGCUCAAUCCUGAAGUUAAGAGAAGGACAUCCAUCUUGCUUUUGGACUACAAGCUCUGCUCUAAAGGCCACACGUUCCCCACGCAAAUGCUCCAGCUUGACCAGACGUACGACAGACUUGUUCGUGACAACUUCGAGAACAUCAUUCUCAUGGGAGACUCUGCUGGUGGCAAUAUGGCCGUCGGUUUCACCCAGUUUUUAAAGGCAAAGAAUGUGCCUGUUACAUACCCAACUAAGUUAGUUUUGCUCUCGCCAUGGAUGAAGUUGGCACCUCUUCCUCACGAUAUGACUAAGCAGUCGUCUUGGAGGCAGAACGAGGACCAGGACUUGAUCCACCACUCGAAAUUUGCCGACAUCUCUCAAUUGGCCUUGAUCAUUGGCGAGCAGGAUGCCUUCUCGCUUGUCUGGUCGCCAAUGGGUAAGCAGCCUCGUUCAAGAGACGACUGGUCGGUUAUACCAAAUUACUCUGAUCCUAAGCACGACGUUUUUGUGUUGGUUGGUGAGGAUGAGAGUUUCCGUGAUGAUAUCUUGGAAUGGUGCAAGUACGCCAUGGAAGUACCAUUCCACGGAACACAUUCAUACGGCACCGAGAAGGGCUACACGGACGAGCAGUACACGUUCAAGCGCCGCAACCAGCCUGGACAUGCAAAUCUCGACUUAUACGUGGAACCCCAGGGUGUACACGAUGCCAUCUUGUUCUUCGAGGAUACUGUCUACAAGCAGGUCGGAGCUGGUCUCAAGAAGGGCAAGCCCAUCACGAUUGAAGACAUUGAUUCUGAGAAGUACUUUGGUAUCUACCGUUUGGUGAAAUUUUUCAAUGAGAGGCUCUGA